AUGGCCCUCCUGCGUUUCAGACCAUCAAGGAUGGUGAAAUACACCAUUUAUGCGCUAUUUCUCGGUCUGGUGGUUUCGGUCUGUGCGGAGACGGUCCAGGGCAAGGACACCAGCCUGCUGACCAGAGAGGAAAUCGAGGAGAACCUCCAGCAAUGUGCCUUUGUGCAGACCCUGUCAGAGGCAAAGGCCAAGAGUAAUCCGACACACGCCUCGUUGACGACCCAACUAUUCGCCGUCCUCUUCCCCUCGUCCUCGCCAGCGAUUAACGCCUUGCUCGCAACAGCCUACAUCUCGGGACCCCCCAAUUUCCUCCUCGCACUAUGUCCUCCCAACAUCGACCCGUCGUCACUGAGUGUCAUGGUCGCCUUUGCGGUCGGAGGCUUGCUUGGGGACACACUCUUUCAUCUGCUUCCCGAGAUCUUCCUGGGCGAAGACGAGCACGAUCAAGUCAAGUUCGUCAUGGUUGAGCCGAACCGCAACCUGCUGCUGGGAGUCGGGAUUAUUGUCGGGCUGGUUACCUUCAUGGCCAUGGAUAAAGCGCUGCGUAUCGCUACCGGUGGGAACGGCGGCCACUCACACUCGCACUCGCAUUCUCAUGACGAGAAGCACGAGACCGCAUCCAAUGGCGCUGCUACGACUACGUCCGCAAAGAAGGGUAAAGCAGCAAAUGGUGACAUGAGGCAACGUAAGGCCCAAACAGACGCCAAAGCCCUGUCCUCGUCGUCGUCGUCGUCAUCGUCACCACCUCAAAACCCCUCAGUCAAACUGGCCGGCCUCCUCAACCUGAUCGCCGACUUCACGCACAACAUCACCGACGGCCUGGCCCUCUCGUCAUCGUUCUACGCCAGCCCGGCCCUGGGCGCGACGACCACCAUGGCCGUGUUUUUCCACGAGAUCCCGCACGAGGUGGGCGACUUCGCGCUGCUGAUCCAGUCCGGGUUCUCGAAGCGGAAAGCCAUGGGCGCCCAGUUCGUCACGGCCGUGGGCGCCUUCCUGGGCACGCUGAUCGGCAUCUUCGUGCAGGAGUACGGUGGCGGCGGCAGCGUAUCGAAGGAAGCAUCGUCGUCAGCAGGGAGUGGAUUCGGCGGCAUCUGGGGCACCAGUCUCUCGUGGGGGGACAUGCUGCUGCCCUUCACGGCCGGCACGUUCCUGUACGUGGGCACCGUGGCGGUGAUUCCGGAGCUGUUGGAGACCGGACCGAACAAGGGGGCCGAGUUGAGAAAGACCGCCCUCCAGUUCGCGGCCAUGUUCGUCGGGGCGGCCAUCAUGCUGGGCAUAUCGUGGUCAUAG